GUUUGGAAGCAAAGAAUUUUAGCGGGGUAUAUGAAGCAAAUUAAAUAGCAGAGUCUGCCAGUCUCAAAACGUGGUCUCAACGAAGCCUAUCAACGACGUGCGUGGUUAAGCGAUUGCGAAAUCGCGCUAAAAUCUUUCGGCAUUUAUUUUUCGGGACGCUGAUUUCAAGAUUCUUAAAAGACCUCAACUCUUCGCUCCCGUACAUAUUCGGUCGUUGCACCCUCGCUCACUUACUCCAGUAACCGGGAGCUACUGAAUUGUUUUUGCGAUUCUUUUUCUUCGCACACUCUCGUCCUUAUAAUCCAGUUCAAAAUGACGACCAACGGCGUCAAAACCCCAACAUUUCUCUUCACCUCCGAGUCGGUGGGAGAGGGACAUCCAGACAAGAUUGCCGACCAGGUGUCCGAUGCUAUUUUGGACGCAUGUCUUGCUGAAGAUCCACUCUCCAAGGUCGCGUGCGAGACUGCGACCAAGACUGGCAUGAUCAUGGUCUUUGGCGAGAUUACUACAAAGGCACACCUUGACUAUCAGAAGAUCAUCCGAAAUGCUAUCAAGGACAUCGGCUACGACGAUUCAAGCAAGGGCUUCGAUUACAAAACCUGUAACGUGCUUGUCGCGAUCGAGCAACAGUCUCCCGACAUUGCUCAAGGUCUACACUACGACAAGGCUCUCGAAGAGCUUGGAGCCGGUGACCAGGGUAUUAUGUUUGGUUACGCUACGGAUGAGACACCGGAGAUGCUUCCACUAACCGUUAUCUUGGCGCACAAGCUUAACUCUGCUAUGAAGGAGGCACGCAACUCCGGUCGUCUGCCGUGGCUGCGACCAGACACUAAGACUCAAGUUACGGUUGAGUACAAGCACGACUGUGGCGCCGUUGUGCCUCUUCGCGUUGACACAGUUGUUGUCAGCGCACAGCAUAGCGAAGACAUCACUACGGAGCAGCUACGAAAGGAAAUCAAGGAGAAGAUCAUCAAGGAAGUCAUUCCAGCCAAAUACUUGGACGAGAACACCAAGUACCACAUCCAACCAUCUGGCCUCUUCAUCAUUGGUGGUCCUCAAGGCGAUGCUGGCCUGACUGGUCGUAAGAUUAUUGUAGAUACUUACGGUGGCUGGGGUGCUCAUGGCGGUGGUGCCUUCUCCGGCAAGGACUACUCCAAGGUGGAUCGCUCGGCCGCGUAUCUGGCCCGUUGGAUCGCCAAGUCCCUCGUCAACGCCGGUCUUGCCCGCCGCUGCCUCGUUCAGCUCUCCUACGCAAUUGGCGUUGCUGAGCCUCUCUCGUUGUUCGUUGAGACUUACGGCACCUCUAGCAAGACCUCCGAGGAGCUUGUCCAGAUCAUCCGAAACAACUUCGACAUGAGACCCGGUGUCAUUGUCAAGGAGCUUGAUCUCACCAAGCCAAUUUACAACCAGACUGCGAAGAAUGGCCACUUCACAAACCAAAACUUCGCCUGGGAGAAGCCAAAGAAGCUCAUCUUUUAAAUGAUCCUUUUUUUUCCCACGAAACUUCAACAUCUAAUCAUAUAUCACGGGCGGCGUUUGUGACUAUCUGUUCAUCAUGGAUCUGUUCUUUUUGUGGCGACGAGACGAGUUUAAAGAUCGAAUGCUAUACGGAAAACAGACACGUUUCUUUUCCUCAUGCAUAUUCAACAUAGACCCUUACGGAGCGGUCCAAGUGCAGAUCAUGUUUUCAAAAAAAACGACGCCGAUCAUGAUUCAUGAGCAUACAGCGCAGGCGUUAUUGAAACUAAGGGAGGCUUAUUCAACAUCUCCCAUCAAAAAGAUACCACUCCUCGGGGGUUUUUCUUUCUGUUGCUCCGCAACGACGGUUUGUUAGCUUUUCUUUAUCUUCUGCGAAUAUACCCAGACUGGGUGAUGUACCGUAUGCCUGGGCACGUUGUCUUUCCACGGCAAGCUGAAGGAUCAGGUAGUUGUAGAGGUAGUAGAGAAGAUAAUGAAAGAGAAAUGGGUUUCGCAAAUCAACUUGUGAGCCUGAACACCAGAUUUCGAAA